CGUGGUGGCCUAACUUGCUUAACCCAAGUCGUAACAUUUGGAGGACAACCAACUCUUAGAUGGCCUUGUGGCUUCUGACUAAGCAUUGUUCCAUAUGGAUUUAUCUCCUCCACAAUGCUGGAACAGAUAUCAUCAAAACUCUUUUCUACAGAUUCUUUCCCAAAGGCAGUUUUCCUUGUGGUGGUGGGGUAUUGUACUUAAAAUGGUUCGAAGGCUAGUUUUGGAAAAUGUGAUGUGCUCUUGUGCCUAUUUGUAGGCUUGUUAUAAAUAGGUUUGGCAGGGUACACAUGCUCAUGUUUGUUUGGAAAUUGCACAGUGCCUUGAGCCGGAGAGAGUGGUGGGUCCUUAUACAAAGAGACAAAAGGAAAGCUAUGAAUGCAGCUAUCUCCCAGAUUUAGAGCCACAGAAGCAAACCUAAUUUGUUUUGGUGGAUGUACAUCAUCAUCUGUUGCCUUCUCCGAGGAAGUUUCUCCUGGGAAUUUAAGUUUGAAAGAGAAACUCUCUCUGUUGGAGAAUGAGUUCCAGGAGGCUGAUGACCCGCUCCUACUCUGCGGGAGACGGAAGGUCCAGUUCCCACAAUGGAGAUGAUGUCAUAGGGAGUAGCAGAGCCAGCAGCCGCAGCUACCUCUCUGAUGUCAGGCCUGAAAACAGCUACUCCAGUCACAGCUAUUCUCAGUACAGGCCAUCAAGGAGCACCCUACAUUGUGUUAUGGCACAUUUAACGGAGGAGACCCAGCCAUCCUUUGAGACGACAUUAAAGUCAAGAGCCGUAUCUGAAACCUGUAGCAUCCAGUUCACCUGUGAGGUGUCAGGUCACCCCGCUCCUGAAGUGACAUGGUAUAAAGAUGAUUUGCAAUUGGACAGAUACUGUGGACUACCUAAAUACAACAUUUCCCGCAAUGGACAAAACCAUUCACUGCACAUUUACAAUUGCACUAUGGAGGAUGCAGCCAUCUACCAGGCAUCAGCCAGGAACAACAAAGGCAUUGUGUCCUGCUCUGGAGUCCUUGAGGUGGGGACGAUGAGCGAAUACAAGAUCCACCAGCAGUACUUCGCCAAGAUCAAACUGAAGGCUGAAAACACACGCAGAGAGCUGGAGGAGCCCAAGCCGUGGGACAAGGAGAACCACGGGUCUCCUGGUAGUCGGCAGGAAACACUGAGGACCAUCAGUCCAGACCGGUCCCAGAGGAAGCGACGGUCCCCCAUGGACCCCAGCCUCAGUGCCCCCAGCUUUAUGGAGGAUGAAGUGGUUGAGGAGAGCACUCAGGCUCAUGCUGGGGAGGCAGAGGCCAGGCUACAGGACACACCUGUGGUGGGAGAAGAAAAAUGGGAAUCUAACAGGGCUGGGUCUUCCAAUGUCAAUGGACAGGCAGCCAUUACAGAAAAUAGCAGCAACAAAUCGUAUGUUUACGAUUCAGUGCAGAAGUCUUUUGCUCCACACACACCAAAAGCAUCACUGGCCAAGAAGAAGAUAAAGAUCUCCAAUGGAGAGGAUAGUGGGAUGACGGUUGAUAGCCAAGCAGGGAAGAAGCCUGAGGAGAGAGGGAUGAGUGAAGAAGGAGAGGUCAGUGUGACACCCUGUCUGGUUGAGUCCUCACACUCACUGGGGUCAUCAGAAGAGGCCCUGAAAGUGGAGAGUGCUGUUGAAACUUCAGCCUCAAAGACAGAGAGUGUAAAAUACAUGAAUCAGUCUGAGAGAGCCCCACUGAACAACACUGUGUCAGUAAUGGAAGAAGUGAAGGUCCAAGUGAAGGAGAAAGUACCUGUACAAACCCCACCACACAACAGAGAGCCUAGCAUCCUUUCUCCUUCUACUGGGCUCCUCUCUACAGGGGAAACCAUCUCAGGGAAUAAGAGUCUGAAUGCUGCAGUGGCUCAGGUGACCCAAAAUGUUGGAAAUAACAAUAUUAUGGGGAGUCAGAGUACAGUUCCUCCUGUCACCUCAUCACAACCAAGUCCUUCAGCUAAACUAAAACCACAACCAAGUCCUUCAGCUAAAAUACAACCACAACCAAGUCCUCUUUCAGCUAAAUCAAAAUCACAACCACAUCAACCAAGUCCUCCUUCUGUGACAUCACAACCACAACCAAGCCCUUCAGCAAAACCACAGCCACAACCAAAUCUUCCUUCUGCGAAACUACAACCACAACCACGUCAAUCAAGCCUAUCAGUAAAAUCACAACUAGGUCCCUCAGUAACACCACAACCACAACCAGAUCCUCCUUCUGGGACACUGCAACCACACCAAUCAAGUCCUUCAGUAAAACUACAACCAGGUCCCUCAGUAACACCACAACCACAACCAGAUCCUCCUUCUGCGAAACUACAACUACAACCACAACCACAAAUACGUCAACCAAGUCCUUCAGAGAAACUCCAAGCAAGUCCUUAUGCGAAACCACAACCACAACAGAUUACUUCUGCGAAACCACAACCACAACAGAUUACUUCUGCGAAACUACAACCACAACCACGUCAACCAAGUCCUUCAAUGAAAUUACAACCACAACCACAUCAACCAAGUCCUUCACCGAAUUUACAACCACAACCAAGUUCCUCUGUCACACCACAACCACAAGCAAGUCCUUCAGUAACAACUCCAAAGGUGUUGAGCAACACACCAGAGAACAUUGAGGUAGACGAUAAGCGUUCUGUCCUGGAACACCUAAACAGCACCACUACUCCCCUAAAAGGUCAAACUGAAUGCCCGGGGAAGGAUUCAGCAUCAGUGCUUGAGGUGCUAAACUCAGAUACUUAUUCCAUUCAUGGAACUGGAACUGCAGUUGAAGUUGCUGGGGAAUCAGUGGAGUCAGUACUAACAUCACCCUGUAAGAGCAGCGAGGCUGUCUCUGCCUUGCCUCAGCGUCUGUGUGAACAGUCAGGAGAUCAGCUGUCUGUGGAGGAAACAAGCACGUGCCUAAAGAAUGUGUCUUUGUCUCGGCUGCCUGCGCAGCUGGGUGGGGAGGUUACAAAGAACCACAGACAGACAGAGAGAGAGUGGAAGGGAACACCUGUCGGGCAAGAACCUGUAAUACUAACCAUCCGGAGAAAGCUGGACGGACAAUCACCUUCGCCACGACAACGUUCUCCAUCGUCAUCGGACAGAGAAGUCACAGCAAAUGCCAACAAACGAUCUCCUACUUUGCACAAUCCUCUGAGCCAAUCGGCCUCUGACAAAAUAAUGCAGGGCACACAGGAUCAUUCCAGGGGAUCAAAUGAGAGCCAUACAUUACCUUUUACAGAGCCACUAAAGUCACCCCUGGAAAGCCCGGGUGUUGGUGAGAAAACCUUGGGGUGUAGUGUUUCCUCAGUAGGCCAGCAAGGCCAAGUUGAGAUAGCUAUAAAAACCGUUGGUGAGACAGAAAUACAAGUUGACGUUAAAGUACAGGGUAAUAAUUUGGCUGAGUUACAUGCACAGGGAGGCAGUUGUGAGAGAAGAGCUGACAUGGAAACUGUUUAUAAAGUUAGCAAAGUUCAGGAAGGUGAAAUUGAAAGACUUACGAAAGCACCUGAAAAGAAAACCGUUGAAAGUAUAGCAGUGGCUGUAUGGGAUGAGAAGAGUAUACCUGUGUUGAAGAUAGCAGAAUGCCAAGAUCUUUCUCUAAAUCCCUGCUUUCAGCGUAUUAUUCCAGACACAUCACAGACGGCUGACACAACAACAAGUGUCCCAAACACAAACAUCUCAGAGCAACAAACAAAAGCCCCAACACCUGUAGCCAAAGUCAUGUCUAUUGCCGAGAUUCUAAGGUCACAAAUGGAGAAAAGUGCCCCUACAGAAGUAAGUCCAGUGUCACCCAUUUCAGAUGCACCCAUUUCAGUGGCACUUAUUUCAGUAGCUACCAUUUCAAUGCCCCUUAUACAAAGUCUAAACACAGACCAACAACCUAAAUGUCCCCCAUCAACUGACAUACAGGAUGUGAGAAUGCAAAGUCCAGAGUUGAGGAUGGAUGAGACAGAGUACAGGCAGGAACCUGAGAAAGACACUUGUAAGAAGGAAACUGAUACGUCUGUCGGUUCUAUUUCAGCUUCAAAUGUAGAAUAUAGAUUUAACACCUCUGAACCAGAACGAGUUGAGUCCCCCAUAGUUAGUCCUAUGACUGAAGCCUCACCUAAAGCUUUUGUUAUUCCUCCUAUCUCUAUUGUAGACAUGGAUGGAACUUUAGAGAACAGUAAUCCUCCUGUAUGUAUAGUAAUGGACAUUGAAAGUGUCAUGGAUACAGACCAGGAGCAUCUUUUGGAUCAUAAUGCUGAUAUUAGUCUGGCUGCGAAUAAGGAUGGUCAAAAAGAGUCUUCUCUUGUUACUCCUGAGCAGAAGUCCCUGGACAUUACAGUUCCUCCUCCAUCCAUCUCAUCUGUUACCUUUCCUGCAGAGAAACAACAAACACUAGAAAAUACAGUCAAAGGGAUGGAUUCUUCACACUCACUGCCUCCAGUGUUCAGCAGUCGACAUGGCAGAGACAAAACGUGUGCUUCUCCCCUUUCGGAGCGUUCAACAGAAUCUAGCUCACUUCCUAGUACCACUGAGAACCAAAGUUUUUCUACAAAAAAUACAGGAUUUACAAACAACAUUGCAACCCCAACAUUGCAACCUGUCAGUGAAAAACAGAGAGACUCUUCACCAGAUACUGGUAUGAUUUUAGGUUGGAGUGAAGCAUGCAAACCUGAUGUUCCUCAGCCUGGUCCUCAGACUGUACGAAGGUUUGAUACCAACGGUUCCCCAAGUAGUGAGACACAAGGGUCAGUACCUGUUCCCACCAUUCCGUUGGAUAGCAAAAGCUCUCCAUCCAAGGAGGUGAAAGUUGGGGAAUAUUCAAAGCCAGACUCUUCAACAUCUGUCUCAGUCACUGAAAGCAGUACUGGCCUGCUGAAGGGAUCAGACAGUGUGUCCCCCAUGCCCUCAGCCACACCAAAGGAGCUGGCCUCCGGCGCUAGACGCAAAAUCUUAAUCCCGAAACCCAAAGGAGAGGACCCUGGAGCUGUUGCUUCACAGAUUGACACCCAGAGCCCCCAGAGAGAGGAGGUCCUCAGGAUGAGCUCCAGGCUAUGCCCAGAGUCCUCCUCUCCCAUGUCCCCUGGGCUGUCCCGCAGGUCGCCCCUGCUGCAGCCCCCCAAUGGCCAGCGCACCCCUCCAACAGAGAGACGCUCCCCACUGCUCAGUAGGAGGAAGCUGGCUCCAACUCCAGAGACCCUCAGACAGAGCCAGGAACCUGCCCUGGAGACAACCGGCACUACCAAGACUGAGGAGAAACCAGUUGAGAAGGACAAGCAUAACCCAUUCAAAGCUCCUCAGGUCAUCAGGAAGAUUAGAGGAGAGCCCUUCUCAGAUGCGGCAGGACAUCUGAAGCUGUGGUGCCAGUUCUUCAACGUUCUUAGUGACUCCACAAUUAAGUGGAUGAGGGAUGAGGUGGAGAUCGCUGAGGUUAAAAGAAGUGCAGGAGAUGAGACUCAGGUAGCGUUGGCUAUUGUCCAGACGUCCAGCAGAGACUGUGGAGUUUAUGGCUGCACCAUCACUAAUGAAUACGGGACAGACACAACAGACUUCCUACUGAGUGUUGACAUACUCUCUGGCAUGUUUCUGCGUGAGGAUCAAGAAGUGGGAGAGGAGAUAGAGAUGAGUCCACUACUGUUCACCAAGGGCCUGGCUGACUCUGGCGUCUGGGGAAGUAAGUUAUUUGGGCGUAUCAUGAUGGAGGAGGCCCAUAUAGGAGAGGGCUGCUCCCACAAGGCCUGCAGAGUGAAGGUCAUCUAUGGGCUGGAGCCAGUGUUUGAGUCUGGGACCACAUGUUACAUCAAGGUGAAGAGCCCCAUCGCCUACUACGGAGUCAAGGAGGAGAGCAACCUGGUCGAGAGGAACCUGGCAAUCACCCAACAGGAAUGUAGACUUCAGAACAUCGCUCGUGAAUACUGCAAGAUCUUUGCUGCGGAAUGUAGGGUGAUAGGAACCUUUGGAGAAGUGCUGGAAGUGAUCCCAGUCCACCAUAUGUAUCGGCCUGCCAACACCAUUCCCCAUGCCACGGUGGAGUCUGACCUGAAGGGGGUCUAUCUGAGGUACUGUCUGAUGGACGCUACAGGCCGGCUGGUCAUGAGAACUGGCUCAGAGGCGGCACUGAAGUGUUGUACUCUGCAGCACUGGAUCCUCCAGUGGACCAAUGGAAACCUGCUGCUCACUCGGAUGGAAGGUGUUGACUUCAAGAUCACAAACGUUGGAGUUUCCAUCAAAUCGAAAGGGUACCAAAGUCUCACGAUCACAGAGAACCCCAAUGUGUUUGAGCAGUUUGUCUCUCAGCACCAGUGUAACUACUACUGCGGCCUCCUCAGCCUGAGGUCCCUGAAGACACAGGACUCCCUGCAGACCCCAGCCAAACCCAAGUGCUCCAGGAGCCCCCUGCUCCACCGCAAGAUGGGCGGCUCCUCCAGUCCCCAGCCCUCCAGGAAGGCCACAGGAAGCCCACGGUUGAUCAGAAAGCCAGCACAGCCAGAGGACAGCAAAGCCACCGCCAAGCACAAGGCCGUUGAUGUUCCCAAUGUUGUCCGAAGUUAGAAUGGCUUCAUCGGCCGUAGAAAGCAAGCAACUGCUUUUCUCAAUAAAGAGAAUAAAUGCUGAACCAGAUAUGGAAUUACUGCCAGACUUGUCCUCCCACCUAUAGAGCUUUCGGGGAGCUGGGAGCCGGUCUGGGAUGAAAGGCUGGUGACCCCUCCUCCAAGCCGUGACAGACAGACAGACAGACAGAAAGAUGAGAUCAGAAGGAGAAAGAGAAGGCCAGGUGAAGGAAGAACUUGAAUGUUUCCAGAAAUGACAGAAGCUUCAUCCACAUAUUUUAAUGAAUUCUGUGUUAAAAUAAACAAUGAAAUGCCACCUCAGUUUUAAUGGGCAUGUCGCCUCUGUUGCCAGAAUCGGAGACAAUGAAAUGAAUGACACACUAGUAUGUCCUUCAAAUUAUUAAAUUACACAUUAAUUUCACUAAUGAAUACAUUCUUAAUUUAUUGAGUGGAUCACAUAAAAUGUUAGGCUAAAGCUUUCACAUUAUACAGGGAUUCCUAUUGCAUAUUAGUAAUAAUUCACAGUAGUAAUUCACAAGGUUAGCACGCCAGCUCGAUUCAGGUCCCAACAACAUGAACAUUUAGGGGAAAUACGUUUAAAGGGAUUGUUAUGGAGUUAAAGGUGAUCUUCAAUGGUGCACAGUGCUCAGGAUAAUAGUUCUGUUAAGAAAACUAUGCCCUAAGAAUGUAGCGUAUAUUGUUUUCCAUGACACUGUGAAUAAAAACGUGGUGCUUUUUAUACUGUAAAUGUGCCUACGUUUUCAUGUUGCAGUGUAUGACAUUCCUAGAAAAUGCUCACGGGAUGCAACGGCUGUAAAUUAAAAUGAAAUAUAUUGAAA